ACCACAAAAAGAAGAUGGCGCCCGGCGUGUUGGGGAGUUGGCACUGAUUCACAGUCAUUCAUAGAGCGAAACUUUUAUUCGGCAAGCUGGCUUUUCCCGGUCUCCCCAAUGUGAAUCUUUCAAACAGAAGUUCUUUUGUUUUAAUUUCAUCACCUUUCCCUCUGUAAUUGCAUGGUAAGGUGAUGGCACUCUUUGAGUUGGUGUGGAGGGUGUUGCACACUGUGUUGUCCCUGCACCGGACUCUGUCGGCCUGGUUCCGGAAUGGAAUGUGGGCCUGGAAGCGCUGGAACCCGGCAAGCCUGGCGUUCGGCUUCCAGAACGCCAAGAACAAAGGCAAGAGCCGGCGCGCGCGCUGGCGUUCGGACGGCCGCAGCCUGAAGAAGCUGCCGCUGCACUUGGGGCUUGUGGUGACCGAGGAGGAGAGCAGCUACGCCGACAUCGCCAACCUGGUUGUGUGGUGCAUGGCCGUGGGCAUCUCUUAUGUCAGCGUCUAUGACAACCAAGGUAUUUUCAAGAGAAAUAAUUCCAGGUUAAUGGAGGAAAUCUUAAAACAACAGCAAGAACUACUAGGUCUGGACUGUUCCAAAUAUUCUACUGAUGUUUUAAAUAGUCAUCAGAAAGUUGAACAAGUUUUAUCUUGUCCGACUACAGUGAAAGUGCUUUCACCUGAUGAUGGUAAAGCAGAUAUAGUGAAAGCUGCUAAAAAGUACUGUCAGUUAGUUGCUCAGCAGCAGAGAAGGUCCACUGAUCUAAAUGUGAAUAUUAUGGACAGCUUGCUCAGAGAAAAUGCAUUUGGUUUACCUGACCCGGAUCUAGUUUUGAAAUUUGGUCCUGUGGAAAGCACACUUGGCUUUCUGCCCUGGCACAUCAGACUUACUGAGAUUAUAUCAUUGCCUUCACACAUCAACUUAAGUUAUGAAAGAUUUAUUUCUGCCCUCCAACAGUUUGCUGCCUGUGAACAACGUAUGGGAAAAUGACCACAAGUCAACAUGGAAUCACUUCCAGGCUUCAGACCAAGGGACCCAAAAUAUCCAAUGUUUACACUUGCCUGUGAACCAUUGAAGCCCAGUUCAGUGUCUUUCUUUAUCAACUGAGGAUAAGAAUGUGUCUUCUUUGUUCAAAUCUUAGUUCCGUAAGUGUCUGUGAAGGUCAAAGUGUUUUUUUAAAAAAGCAAAAUUGAGCUUGACAAUAAUUCAGACAUUCUCAAAUGGGACCUUUUUUAUAUAAAAGAACUGUAUGUUCGAAGGAUUACCAUCAUUGGACUCUUCUUUCUUGGAUGAUAUGGACAAAUAAUUUAUCUACAAUGCCUUGCACUAAAUAAGUGUUCAAUAAAUGUGUAAAGACGAUCCUAUUCAAUUUUAAAGUACUAUUUUAAUGCAACAUGUAGAAUUUUGAUGAAUUUUAGUUCGCCUUAAACUAAAGAGUACAGCAGGGAUGUUUGAUCACAUACUGCUAAAGGUUUAAAAACGGCUAUAUUUUUCCCCUAAAGCUUUAAAAGUACAAAUAUGGAACCUAAGUAUUGUAAAGUAAGAAGCUGUGCUAUUCCAUUGCAUCAUUAUGAUGUGCAACUUGGUUUAUACUUGGCUGUCACAAUCGUGAGCUAGCUAGCAUUCUUAUGUUUUUGUAGACCAAUGUGAGAUUCUCUAUUAGUUUAAGGAUAAAACCAAACUAAGGCACAAAUUGCCUUUAAAUGUUGUUGAUAUUCAAACAUGCCUUGUUUAGCUAUCAUUUUAUUAGACCUUUCUUUCGGAUUCAUUGGGCAACUUUAUUAGCAGUUAGUGAUGAGUGAAGGAACCUGUUUAAAUGCCAUAUUUUGUAUAAAAUUGGAUACCUAAGAGAAGCGUAAGGGAACAAUAUUCUUUGGUUUAUGAUGCAAUCAAAACCUCAAAUGAAGUUUGGUAAAUAAUCCAAACAAGAGAUGUUAAUUGUACUUAAUUUUAUUUUUAUAUGUAAUAUGGCACAUACAAAAUGCAAUUUUUUGGUAUAAGUUUAAAAUCUGAAAGAUUUGCGUCUGAGCCCUGUAUUUCCCUAUGUUGGAGGCACUGAUAUACAAGUUUGUCAAUUGUGACUUAAGUUGAUGCAUGACACACAUGACCGUAUAUGCUUAUGGUUUUGCAGUGUGUUUCUGCUGUUAUAAGAAUGUUGUAUUAUGAUGUCACUGUCAUUGCUUUACAAGCACAAAUAUGGGAUAGAUCACAGUGCGGAAAAGGGAAAUCCACAUCCUUAUGGUCAUCACAGCAGCAGGUAUUCGGUUAUAAUAAUGUCAUAGCCAUUAUCACCACAGGGAAGAAGAGCAUAGAAAUCCAGUGAUGUAUGUCCUUUUGACUAAUGCAUACCCGUCCUUUACAUUAAUAAACCUGAUGCCAUAGAUGAGAGUUGAGUGUCGUUAAUCAGAAGUGUAAAGAUUUUGGGAAAUGGAGGUGCUCUGUUCUUAUUAGUGCUGCUAACUAGAACUGGGACUAAGUAAGAACUAUGAUAAAAUGCUAACUGCAUUUUUGGCUUGGCUUAUCUAAUUAAAAUAAUUCAAUAAAAUAAUUUGUCAUAUUUAAAUUAACAGCAUUGCCAAAUCACACUUGAUGAUAUAGGCCCAGCAAUGUCAGAAGGAUGCCAGAACGAUGGCACAGGUAAUUUCUUCUACUUGACAGUAACCUGCAUUGGAUAAGGAAAAUUAUUUCAUAGGUUGUUGAGAUAAAGCAGAGUAUUAUUAGCACUGCAAUAUUUUCUGUUUGCAGUUGAAAAUCCAGUCCUAAGGUGUCCAUAUAGAUGGUGGAUGGUUGUUUUAUUUUGAUUAUUGUUUUUGCUCGAUGUUUCAAAGUGUUAAUCUCCCUUAAUUCACAAAUCAACUUUGGUUCUUUCUCCGUUUAUUUUAUGUAGUGUAAUAAUUGUUCCACUCCAAAGGUUGAGUUCAUUUUUUUUGG